UUGGAAUUCUCAAGUUAAAUGCAUCAUGGGAGCAUGAAAUCUGGGUCAUCCAAUAACAGUAUAAUCAGCAACAAUGGAGUUUUCAAAAGCAAACACUGCCAUCAUCAUCUACCACUGAAUCCAGGAACCUCCAAGUAAGUACUGAAAUGGAGGAGAAGCGCCGAGACGCCGGAAACUUACCGGCGAACACCACGGAUUCGCCUUCAUCGGAGCCGCCUUCGUCUCGCCGUCGAGCUGGAGCUCAGAAGCGAAAGGUCAGCGCUCUCGGUGGCUCUAACUCCUCAUCCGCUCCCUCGAAACGCGUUACUCGGGACAAAUUUGCUCUUUCGCAUCCUCCAAAUCACAACGGUCCUUUCACUAGAGCUCGACUUGGCCCUAACAAUGGCGCUGGAACAGCAUCGGGUAAUGCGGCUGGAGGUCUCUCCGCCGCGGGAUCAGUUAAGGUGGAGGGAUCUUUUCUUCAUUCCGAAGCUCAGCGUGGAGACACACUGGUUGCCGCGGCGGAGGAAUUGAACAAGGCGAGUAGAUUGGCGAAUUUGGAAGCGUCUUUCGUAGCUGAUUUCGAAUCUAUUAAAUCUCGGGGUACGAAUGCUCACGUCGUCCCGAAUCAUUGCGGUUGGUUUUCAUGGACAAAAGUCCACCCGAUUGAGGAACGCUCGAUGCCUUCUUUUUUCGGUGGAAAGUCUGGCACUCGAAAUCCUGAUAUUUAUAUUGAGAUACGUAAUUGGAUUAUGAAAAAAUUCCAUGCAAAUCCUAGUACGCAGAUUGAAUCAAAAGAUGUAUCAGAGAUGGAAAUCGGAGAACUAGAUGCUAGACAGGAGGUGAUGGAGUUUCUAGACCAUUGGGGUUUGAUUAAUUUUCACCCUUUCCUAUCCGCAGAUUCAACUUCAACAAGUGAUGUUGAUGAUGAAAAUCAAAAGGACUCUUCGGUUGAGAAGUUGUUUCACUUUGAAACAUUAGAAUCCUCUCCAUCUGUUGUUCCAAAGACUAAUGUUACCACCGCUCCACCAAGAUUGCUUCGAGAAUCUGCAAUUUCUGAAGAGAUGGUGAGGCCUGAGGGUCCAUCUGUUGAGUACCACUGUAACUCGUGCUCUGGUGAUUGCUCUCGGAAACGGUACCACUGCCAGAAGCAGGCAGAUUUUGAUUUAUGUUCGGAGUGCUUUAACAAUGGGAAAUUUGAUUCUGAUAUGUCUUCAUCAGAUUUUAUUCUCAUGGAGUCUGCUGAGGUUCCUGGUGCUAGUGGAGGUAAGUGGACAGAUCAGGAAACUCUCCUCCUCCUUGAGGCUUUAGAGCUUUAUAAGGAAAACUGGAAUGAGAUUGCGGAACAUGUGGCCACCAAAACAAAAGCCCAAUGUAUAUUGCACUUCAUUCAAAUGCCAAUUGAAGAUAGCUUUCUUGAAUCUGAGAACAACGAUGAAGUCAGUGCUAAAGAAACUGUUGUUCCGCCGUCAAUUGAAAAUGAUUCGUCAGUUCCCAUGGAUAUCACUGAAUCGAUGGAUAAUAAAACUACUGGAAAAGAGGCCUCGAAUGUAGAAAAUGCCACCAAGGAAGAUACAGUUGAGGUAAAAGUUGGGCAGGAUAAUUCAAAAUCAAAGGAUGUUGAAGUAAAAGCUGCUUUAGACAACUCGAAAUCAGAAGAUGGUGGUCAGAAGGCUUCUGAAGACAUUGCCUUGAAUGCUUUGAGGGAGGCAUUUGAAGCCAUUGGUUAUGUAUUAACAUCUGAUCAGCACCCACUUUCAUUUUCUGAUGUAGGGAACCCUGUCAUGGCACUGGCUGCAUUCCUUGCACGCUUAGUUGGACCUGAUGUUGCCAGUGCAUCAGCUCAUUUUUCUUUGAAAAGCAUGUCUCAGAAAUCUCCCAGUUUAGAUCUGGCUACAAGACACUGCUUUAUUUUAGAAGAUCCACUAGAUGACAAGGCACAAGCUAAUCCAGAGAGGGUUGUCAAUGUGGAAGCUCAGCAAAAUGUCAAUGAACAGUGUGAAAAACAGAGGAAAGACACUUCUACUUCAGUUUUAGAUGAUAGAGCCUUAUCAACUACUAACAGUAGUUACAAAAAUGGAGAAUCUGUGACAGAGGAAACUACAAUGGAGAAUAGAAAUUCUGCAGAUGCUACUAAAGAACACGAUCCAAUGGUUAAUCAUGGUUCAGAUGGAACAAAUAAAUUGAAAGAACUGACAGAACCAGAAGUGCCCAAGGAUGAUAGAACAGGCGUUGUUAAGGAAACUGAAAAUAUGGAAUCAAAAUUGACAACAAAUACAGUUGAAAAAUUGGGAGAAGAAACUUCUGUUGAAAAGCCAUCACAAUCUACGUUGUUAUCAAAGGAUAUACAUAUGUCAGAUCUACAGUAUGCUGAAAAAACUGAGAUUCAGAAACCUGUUCCAUCUCCUUCUGUCAAUACUUCAAAAAUAGAUGAUGUGCCAAAUCCUUUACCUUCCGUGAAUGAACUUCAGCCAUUGGUUGCUGCCAAUUCAGUGAAAGUAGCCUCAAGUGAUGCAGCUAUGGUGUCUGAUCCUCGAGAUAAGAAUGAACCUGCACAAACUGAAACAUCUAAAUCUGUGGUUGACCAGGGAGCAAGCAAGGUCUCUGAUUCUUUGCCCACAGAAGAGAAUGCAACUCCACAGCCAGUUAAACCAAAUCCAGUUAUUGAUAAAGGAACAGAUGAUAAUCAAAGCAAGAACAAUGAAGAAGAAAAUUCCAAAUGUACAAGUAAGAAAGAGGAAAAAAUCGAUAAGCUGAAGCGUGCUGCAGUUACGACGCUUGCAGCAGCAGCUGUGAAGGCAAAAGUUCUGGCUAAUCAGGAAGAGGAUCAAAUUCGUCAACUUGCCAUGAUAUUAAUCGAGAAACAGCUGCAUAAGUUGGAAAGAAAGUUAGCAUACUUCAACGAUAUGGACAAUGUGUCGAUGAGAAUCAGGGAGCAACUGGACAGGUCAAAGCAAAGGCUUUUCCAGGAACGUGCGCAGAUAAUUGCUGCUCGACUCGGCGUACCUGCUUCAGCAUCACGAGGUGUGGCACCACCAGGAAACAGAAUGGCUAUGAACUUCCCAAUCUCAGUUCCAAGGCCUCCAAUGGGCAUGGCGCCCCAAAGGCCACCGACUUCUGGACCACGGGUAUAGCUAGCUGCUACUAAUCCUAACCCGAAAUAUGCAACCAACCAACACCAGUACCACAAUUUCUGUAAGUUCAUUUCACCUGCAAAUCAUCAGGACACACUUUCUUCUGUUGGUUCCAAGUAAAUCAAAUAUUAGCUUACUGAUAGAGAUUGCAACCAUUGUAAUACAGCAGAAUUCACUUCAGUUUACUGUAUAACCCAUUUGAUGUUUGUGUUGUAUUAGUAGAUUUUGGAAUUUGGGAGGAAAAAGAGUAUAAUUUAGCUUGCCAGAUCUGUUCGCCACAA